AUGCCGCCCGCCCGCGCUCCGGACGCUCGGAGAGCCUCGGGUGCUGGUUGGCUGGCGCGGCCGUCCGUUAGGGCCAAGGCCUUGAUAACCAGUCCCCGAGCUUCGAGGGGGCGGGCUCGGGUGCGGGCGCGGCCGGGGCUGCGGCUUCAGGUAAAGCGCCAGCUUGUUGGGACCUCGACGGGUGUCCUGGGGGGCGGCACCGACCUGAUGCAGGCUGGGAGGGGCAACCCCCCUCGGGCUCCCCGCCUUCGAGUGCAGUGGCCAGUGCAGCCAGUUCUUCCCUGGCGGUUUCCUGAAAACAAGCCGGCAAAGGCACUGGCUGUCCUCCGGGAUGACCCCCUGCCCCGUGGACCCGCCCCUAGCAGCCGGUCGUGUCUGGCAGCUACUCCAGGAAACAUGACCAAGUUUGCCCUGAACCAGAACCUGCCCGAUCUGGGCGGCCCUCGCCUGUGCCCGGGUCCCACCGGGGGCGCCCGCAGCCCGAGCUCGCCCUACUCGGUGGAGACGCCCUACGGCUUCCACCUGGACCUGGACUUCCUCAACCCCGCGGCCGCCGAGCGCGAGCUGGAGAUGCUGCGCGCCAGCCUGGAGCACCAGCGCGGGGUGGGCGAGCUGCUGCGGGGCCGCCUGCGCGAGCUGGAGGAGGCCCGCGAGGCUACGGCGGCGGCCAGGUCCCAGGCGCGCGAAGUCGCCACGCAGACCCCGUGGAGCUGUGCGGAGAAAGCCACGCAGACGGAGCCCCCGGCCGAAGCGCCCUCCCCGAGUCAGGAGAACCCGCCCAGAUCCACGGAGCGGGGAGACCAGGCCGCGGCCCCGGCCGGCAUCCUCAAAUCCAUCAUGAAGAGGAGAGACGCAGCGGGUGCCCAGCCCAGCUCCGGCCCCAAGAGCCUGCAGUUUGUUGGGGUCCUCAACGGAGAGUACGAGAGCUCGUCCAGCGAGGACGCCGGUGGCAGCGACAGCGAAGACGGCGGCGCCGAGCCCCCGGGGAGCUCCUCGGGCUCCGGGGACGACAGCGGCGGGGCGUCUGACUCCGGCCCCCGCGGCCCCGCUGGCGGCGGGGACGUCCGGGCCCCCGAGCCUGAGCCCGAGGCCCAGCAGGGGGUGCCGGGGAGGUUAGCAGCCGGCGGGGUGUGGAGGGGGCUGCGCCCUCCGGGUCCCGCCGCUCCCGGGGCCGCGGCGCGCCUGGUGGCCCAGGAGUGGUUCCGAGUGUCAAGCCUGCGGCGCUCCCGGGCGGACGCCGUGGCCAAGGUGCUGGAAGGGGUGGCGCACCUGGGACCUGAGCUGCUGGCGCACGUGGUGAACCUGGCCGACGGCAACGGGAACACGGCCCUGCACUACAGCGUGUCCCAUGGGAACCUGGCCAUCUCGAGCCUGCUGCUGGACACGGGGGUCUGUGAAGUUAACCGCCAGAACCGAGCCGGCUACUCAGCCCUCAUCCUGGCUGCUCUCACCUCCGUGGGGCAGAAGGAGGAUAUGGCUGUGGUCCAGAGACUCUUCCACAUGGGCGACGUCAAUGCCAAGGCCAACCAGACGGGGCAGACAGCCCUCAUGCUGGCCAUCAACCAUGGGCGACAGGACAUGGUGGCAGCCCUGCUGGCAUGUGGGGCUGAUGUGAAUGCACAAGAUGCAGAUGGGGCCACAGCGCUGAUGUGUGCCAGCGAGUAUGGGCGCCUGGAUACUGUGAGGCUGCUGUUGGCACAGCCAGGAUGUGACCCGGCUAUCCUGGAUAACGAGGGCACCAGCGCCCUGGCCAUCGCCCUGGAGGCUGAGCAGGAUGAGGUGGCAGCUCUGCUCCACGCCCACCUGAGCUCGGGCCAGGCUGGUUCCCAGAGCCAGCCACCCCCUGACUCGCCCACAGCCACACCCAGUGAAGAAGAAUACGCUGACAACAAAAAGGACCCUGAAGCCCAGUGAACUGCCCAGUCUGGUUCACUAGACCUGGGUAGGGAGAUCUUUCACAUCACCUGAGCCUCUGGGGCACAGCAGGGGCCAAGGUCCUCUGGAUGCAAAGCCAAUUCAGCUGAGGUGGCUGUAUCAGGGAGGGGCACAGCUUGGCCUCACCCGCUCGCCAAAACUUCUCCCUUAAUAAAAUUUCCCUACUAA